AUGCACCUAUACUUUAACAUCCGUGUAUACAUCUUGAAAUACGCAUUCACUGAUACACAAACCCGUGCGUGUCCUCGCUUGGCCCAGGAUGCAGCCUUGCAAGCCGGCAAUGAGCAUCUAAGUAUUCCAGGGUCGCUGAACCCUGAUCCCGACCAGCUUUCAGCUACGAACGAAAUCUCGGACGUAAAUCUGCAGUACCAUGUUUCGCUAAACCCAGGAGACUCCGCCGCCGCGCACAACAGUUACCGAGACCAACGCCGUAGGCAAAAGCUAAUGGAGGCAUGGCAUAAGGAGAAUAAUGUGGUGCUGGAUCACAGGAGGUCUGGGUGGCAGAAGUAUUCCCGCAGAUUCGGCAUACCCCUGGCAGUGGUAUUGUUUAUAGUCGCGUAUAUACUGCUCGGAGCCUACUUCUUCUACUUGCUAGAGCCCACUAACGACUACUGGGAUUCGGUUUACUGGGCGGUAGUGACACUGUCUACUGUUGGGUAUGUA